AUGUGGUGGGAAAUGGAUAGUGAAAAUCAGAAGAUCAGCGAGCAAGCGCUCAAUACGGCGGAUAUCUACAAGGGUCUGUCGCUGCCGAAGCGUAUGGAUAGUCCAUAUCAAUUCACUGGAUAUGGAUCGCAACAGGAAGGGCGUAACCCAAUAUAUCGUACCUCAAACGCUGACUACGGGUACUAUCCACCCUGUCCGCAUACCGUACCUCACAAAUACUUUCCAAAGUCUCACAAAUUCACUGGACAUCUUUAUCAGUGUGGUAUGUUUCGUAACUACUCGCUUAAUACUGCCGUGGAUCGCCCGUAUUGUAAAUUUAACGAAUAG